UUUCCCUUGACCUUGAAAGAGUCAGAAGGGAGAUCAAGACUCUUACGGCUGAGGUGAAGCAGAUUUACAAUGAGAAUAUGUAUGACAUGAAUGGAGUAGCAGUAAAAAAACUCAAGCACUCUUCUACAGGAAGUGGAGUAGGAGGUUCAAGUUCAUUAGGAGGGAGCAACACGUCCAUAGAGGUGAAAGAGAAGGUGGUGAUUGGUUUCGAGGAAGAGGUAAAGAGACUAAUAGACAAGCUUGAUGAUAGAGGAGAGGGCAGAGAAUUGGAGAUUAUAACAAUAAUCGGUGCAGGUGGAGGUGGUAAAACUACUUUGGCCAGAGAAGUGUAUGAUCACCGUUUCACAUCGUAUACCUUUGACAUUCGUGCAUGGGUUGAUGUUUCUCAAUAUUAUGAUGAAACUAUGAAGAGGAAUUUGUUGAUUUGUAUUUUGGAAUUAGCUUCCGCACGAAAAGAUGAAGAUUACAAGCAAUAUAGCGAGGAUAAGUUGGGAGAAAUGGUACUCAAAUGCUUGAAGGGUAGAAAAUAUCUCAUUGUCAUGGAUGACAUAUGGGGCAUUGAAGCCUGGAAUGAUAUCCAAAGAUCAUUCCCCAAAAAAUGCCGGGGGAGCAAAGUGUUAUUCACAAGUCGACUACUCGUUCAACCUGAUAGCGUCUGCUGCAUCCCUCAUUAUUUGGAUCCCUUAUCUGAAAGUUGCAGUUGGGAGUUGUUACAAAAGAAGGUAUUCGGGACCAAACAAUGCCCACCGGAGUUGGUGGACAUCGGUAAGCAAAUCACAAAAAAAUGUAAAGGGCUACCAAUUGCAAUUAUCGCAAUAGCUGGCAUUCUAGCAAUGGAAAACAAGACACUCUACGUGUGGGAGGAAGUUGCCAAACAUUUAAGCUCGAUCAUUGCCAAAAACCAGGAGGGCUGCAUGGAGAUACUAGAACUUAGUUACAAUCACUUGCCCCUUCAUUUAAAAGCGUGUUUUCUUUAUAUUGCAGCACACCCUGAAGAUUAUGAAAUCUCCGUACGCGAGCUGAUAUGGUUAUGGAUCGCGGAGGGAUUUAUUAAGCCAAGUGAGGGUGGAGAAAGCUUGGAGGACAUAGCAAAAGAUUACUUAAUUGGUCUUAUUGAUAGAAGUCUCAUAAUGGUAGCUAGGAAAAGUAAAUUCCGGCAAGGAAUUAAAGCAUGUCGUAUCCAUGAUCUUUUGCGUGAAUUAGGCUUGAAAAAAGCUGAGGAGGAUAAUUUCAUUGUGAAAAUUUACGAGGAUGAUCCUCUUUCACCUUCCUCUACAAAUAAGCAGCGUCGCCUCUUCAUUAGCUCUCAGUUCUUUCAUAAGUUUUCCUCAAGGCCUUGUGCUCAAAACCUUCGUUCUUUUACGUGCCGCUCCUUGUCAAACUCCCCGCCUUCCAAACAAAAUCUGUCAUUCUUUGUUGAAAACUUCAAACUUCUCAAGGUGUUGAAUUUUAACUCUGCUACAAGCCUAGGAGAAAUAAGAAAAGGAGAUCUAGUUCAUUUGAGAUACUUAGCACUUAGGUUACCACUCCACAUCAUGCACCGUGCACCAUUAUUUAUUCACUACCUCUCGAACCUAGAAACCCUUAACUUCCAAGUUGGGAGUUGGACCAAGAUUUCGUUGCCUCAAGAUAUAGUUAAGAUGGUCCAGUUGAGGCAUCUAUAUACUAAAAGGGGGAUAUUCGAAUAUCAUGCUUCUUAUGAUCAUGAAGAAGAGGGGAAUAUGUUGGAUAGCCUACAGACCUUGCACCGAAUGUGUUUUUGUGAGCAUUGCCAUCGUUUCUUGAGAAGGACUCCCAAUCUUAAGGAGCUAGGACUUACUUCAAGUCGGAACUCCCAAUCAUUCCCAGAGGAUUGGGUUGUGAUGCUCCCCAACCUAGAGUUCUUAAAAUGCCUUGAGACACUCUUUAUUGAGCCACGGUUCGUGACCAAGCGCGUGACUAAGCUGAAGCUUCCUCUGACUCUUACGCGGCUAACUUUGAGCCGUACGGACAUCUUGUGGGAGGAUAUGUCAAUACUCCUCCAAACCCUGCCGAGCAUUGAGGUUCUCAAAUUAUUAUACUCCGCCUGUUGGGGACGAGUUUGGGACACAACUGAACUUGACGAGGGGUUCUCUCAACUCAAGUACUUAAAGUUUGAGGAACUGAAUAUCGAGGAGUGGAAUGCUUCCACAUAUCAAUUUCCGAGACUUGAGGUUUUAGAGAUUGAAAAUUGCGAAUAUCUGAAGGGAAUCCCACUUGAUUUUGCUAAUCUGUUCGACCUUCGUGAAAUUAAGUUAUACCGUUGUAGUCAAUCUGCUGAGGUAUCGGUCAGGGAGAUUCAGGAAGAGCAAAUAAGUCUUAAAGGAGAUGAUGAUUGCCUUGAUUUCUCCUUGCGGCCGUUGCCUGCGGAUUUGUUAUGGUAGAUGAGGAGAACAGUUGGGAGUGAUAUUGAGGAGGUAAUUAAUUACCAAAAAUUGUUUUGGUGCUGCUGAUUGGUCUGGGUUUUUUUUUUUUUUUUUUUCUAUACUUGUCUCUUUGUGUCUAGCAUGUGCUGUCAAGUUUUGUGUCCAGUUUAGUCUGUUGCGGCCGGGGGCUAUGGUGGAUCCUUCUAGUUUUUUCUGUUUUUUUUGUUUAUGGGUUUCAAGAUGUGUGUGUGUGCAAGUGUGUGUGUGAUUUGGCCUAGUCCCAUUCUGGAUUUCCUAGAUGUAUUGGCCUGUUGUUAUUCAAACAAACGUGGAACUAUUACUGAAGUUGGAAUUGGGAAAGCUGGAUGAUUGCUAAUGAUGCUUGGUGGUGAAUAAUGACUGAUGACUGGCAUUCGGGAUGCACUUACAUUGCAGGUUUUAAUUGCUGGACAUUUGCCACUGAUAUUUUGGAGGUUUACAUUGCAGGUUAUAAUUGAAUGAUUGAUCGUGUGGGGGACUUUUAUUUCUGGGCAUGGGCCUCAUUCGGCCUCUUUUUUCUUAUUUUCUAUCAGGUUGGCAUCUUGCCAUCUAGUCUCAUGUUGGGGCGGCAUAUGAUUGUCAAGGGUCUAGGGACCAACAAGUUGGAAUUCUUUCUCAUUUUGUCAGUAAAGUAUAUUUUUGCAUGUCAAUAUGGGACAAUUUUCUUAUAUUAGUUUAUGGGUUGUGAGUUAUUAAAGAGAACAUGGCUUGUGGCAUGCAUGUAUUUGAUUAGUAUAUAGUAAAAUUUAAUUCAAUGACAAGUCCAGUCCCAAUAAUUUCCAAGGUUAAAAAAGAGGGCAACUGGUACCUAAUGCUUAAGAGUUGUGUUGGUUUUAGCCUUUUAGGCCUAAUAAUUCAUUCAAGGAUUGUGUUGGAGGGAUCUAUAUAUCUACCCCUCCCAAUUGGAAAGCAAUUGGUAUUAAACUGUUAAUAGUGAGGUUCCAAAGCCUGACCUACAUCAACUUACAAUUGAGAAUUCCUCGCCCGAUAAGGUGGGAGAUGUCCAGCUCAAUGAAGGAAACGAUAGUUCUUCUAGGGAUGGAUUGUUUGAGCUUUUCAAUUCGCCUAAGAUGGAAGAGGAUUCUUCUCUUUGGUCUAGAUGUGAGUUUGCUCCACCCACACCUGAGCAAAUCACGGAAAAGGGUACCGAAACAAAGGACUUCCAGACUAAAUGGGCGGCAGUCAUAUAGAAGAAUAGGUCAGAGGAAGACGAGCACCUCUUUGCUAUGCAUCGCAGCUUUAGGAAAUAGAAGGGAAAGACCAAGAAGAUUGUCAGUUGUGAAAGUGGUGGCAAGGCUAUUCAAGGCU